UUCUAAAGGAUUUUUUUUUAAUUGGUAAUUUCAAAAUAUAAUUCUCUUUUCUUUUUUGUAAAUUCAACGAAAAUAUGAAUCAGAUUAAUUCACUAAGACCUAUUCAUCUUCGAAUAUUAUUCCCAGAAUUACUUACAUUACCAAAGACAGAUCCUAGGAGACUCGGUGCACCCAAGGCUAUUACUCACUCGAGAGCGAUUGAUUUGGAGCUUUAUACCUAUUUUGCUCUAAUUUUACGAGAUUUCAUUCAUCCUUGGUAUCGAUUCAUUACAACAGACGAAGAAUUGACUGCUGAAAUAUUAGAAAUAUUGACUUUACUUGUACAAAAGUUAGAAAAAAGACUAUGUGAAGAAGUAGAUUGGACAGAACUUAUAUUGCUUGAUGUUCCAAAAUUAUUAUCUAUACAUUAUUAUGAUUAUAGAAAAGCAAAAAAGCGACUUUACAUGAAUCACGGAGGUGGUUGUGAUUCAAUAAGCGAAUUAUUUCAUGGUAUGCAACCCCAUUUUGCUUUACAGCCUAUUAAGAAUAGAGAAAAAGAGUAUCUUUCUGCCUUAGCUGAAUCGAUUCUUAAGAUAUUAUUAAGACCUCAGGACUAUAAUAGUGAAUGUGUACGCCAUUUGAUUAGGGAAAUUAUAUCGAAUCUAGUUUUAUACAACUUAAUUGAAUCGUUAGCAGAUCCUUAUAUAAUUCAUACGAUUAUUUGCAAACUUCUUAGCUCGUAUGAAAGUUUAUUAGACGAAUUGGAAAUUUCUGGACAAUUUGCAGAAACAUAUUUUAGUGCAUUUACAAAUGGACAAACAUUAGCAGUAAAAGAGGAAAUAAAAAAUAGUAAUCAAUACUUUGAUCAAGCGGACUCCAAACAUGAAAUAAAAGGAAUAAAUGGGGAGAGUUUAACAAAACAGAUGCAACGACUACAAGAAGAACAACGUAAAAACGAGCCGAAAAACAGUAAUUUAGAUGAAGACAUGUUAGAAGAAGAAAUUAAAAAUCAACAAGAAUCACGUAAACAAUUUUCUUUUGGAUAUAUUACUUUACAAGUGCUAUUAACACCUAUACGUACGUUUUGGUAUCGUCUUGUGUCCACUAUGAUGCAAUCUCAGGAACGUUAUCAUCAGGUUAAUCAACAUAAAAAAAGAACACGACAAAUCCGGCUUAUUGAGCCCCUUAUGGGGUUCUUAUUUAUUGCUUUUAGCAUUAAUAGAAGGCCAGUUAUAAGAUGGGCAUGGCAAAUGUUAGCCAUGUUUUUUUGGCCUUUAAUUCGUGUAUUCGGUGGAGGACUAUUGAUAGAUAAAUUUCUUGAACAAACUGUGUUACAUGUUUUAAGUGAAGAUCAUGUUGUAUUUUAUUUACGGUUAGGUUGUGAUUUAUUAUGGCCUGAUGGUGUAUUUAUUCAAAGGGCAGAUCCACCAUCUCCAUUACAGAGAGAACAAAUGCGCGUAAGAGCAGAACGCUUAUUAACUAUAUCAAUACCAGACAAUAUUCGUAAUGUUUUAUUCGAAACUAAAGAUUUGAAUGAACUUCAAACCCAUAUUCAUGAUACCCUUGAGCCAUUACAAAAUAAGCAGAUCAAUAAGCAUCUAUUAUAUCUAUUAAUUGAUUUAAUUUUAUCUAAAAUUUUACCAGAGUUAACUGUUUAAAUAAACCUCUUUAGAAAAUC